AUGACGAUAGACGUAGUGUCAAAUGAGGAUCCUGAAAUUCUCCGUAUUUUUGUGGUUAGACACGGCCAAACGGACCAUAAUGUCCAGAAGAUUCUCCAGGGCCAUUUAGACAUAGACAUUAACGAGGUUGGGCAGGAUCAAUCAGAAAAGGUUGGAGAGUUUUUUUCCCAGAUAGACAUCGAUGAGUUCAUAUCUUCGGAUUUGAUAAGAUGUCGCAAUACUGUUGCUGAGAUAGUAAAGCGUCAAGACGAGCAGAAGUCUUUGAGAUUCACUUCCAAUUUGAGAGAACGAGAAAUGGGAAUAGUUCAAGGCAUGUACUUGAAGGAUGCUCUCGCCAAAUACGGUGAGAAUUUCCGCAACAUGGGCGAAACAAAGGUCCAGUUACUUCGUAGGAUCGAUGAGGAAUGGCAGCAUGUCAUCAAGCUGAAUCGUAACAGUAAGAACGUGCUUCUUUGCACCCAUGGAGGUGUGAUUACAGGAUUCACAAAUUAUUUGUAUAAGGACAAGAAGUACCAACUAAGCAAAUUUUUGGAACCCCAUGAUUUGAAGGUUCCAUUCAACACUUCGGUCACGGUUAUUGACAUCAAUAAGGAUACCAGCCAUGGGACCAUACAGACCUUUGGAAACACAUCACAUUUAGGUGGCCAGUUCGAAGUCAAGGACCAGAGAUUAAGAUAG